GGGGAGACUGAAUUCAGGGAUUUAAAUAGGACCGCGAUUUUGGACCAGAUUAAAUUGUCUGGGGUGGAAACGAGAGAGAGAGAGAAGCUGGCACAAUUGGUGGUGGUCAGUCAGUUGGUGUCUCUGCUCCUCGCUGUGUUGUGGUUGGGAGAGGAGGUUGUGGAGAGAUUGGGAGGGAAAGUUGGGGAGAGGUUGGGAGGGGAGAUUGGCUAGAGAUUGGGAGGUGGCCAUGGGAUUCUCAGAGGUUCUGGAGCAGGUGGGAGGGAUGGGGAGAUUCCAGGUUGUCCAGUUGGCUCUGUUAGCCAUUCCCAUCUGCCUGAUGGCCAGUCACAACCUGCUACAGAACUUCGUGGCUGCCGUUCCUGAUCACCGCUGCCGUAGCCGUGCGGACGCCCUCGGCAACACUUCCCGGCAAAGUCCUGGGAACGUGACGGGCAAAGUGCCGGCCGAGGAGCUGCUCCUGCCGGUGUUCAUCCCCCUGGACAGGGAGGGCCGCCCGGAGAGGUGCCGGCUGUUUGCUGAGCCUCAGUGGCAAUUCCUGGAUUCCAACCGCACCCACGAGGACGGCAGCUCCACCACACGGCCAUGUACGGACGGAUGGCUGUACAGCCACGGGGACGUCACCAGCACCAUCAUCAGUGAGUGGGACCUGGUCUGCAGUCACAAGGCCCUGAAACCUCUGGCCCAGUCUGUGUACAUGGCGGGGGUGUUGGUGGGAGCCCUGGUCCUGGGAAGUCUGUCUGACAGGCUGGGCCGCAGGGCUGUGCUGCUGGGGUCCUGUUUGUUGAUGGCAGUGGCCGGCUCGUGCGCCGCGCUCUCCUCCUCGUUCUCUCUGUACUGUUUGUGGAGGUUCCUGACUGGAGCAGCUCAGUCAGGCAUCGUUCUCAACGCUUUCUCCUGGACGGUGGAAUGGUUGCCCACAGACAUGAGGAGCUCAGUGGUCAUAGUGAAUGGCUACAGCUACGCGGCAGGUCAGCUGCUCUUGGCCGGGUUGGCCUUCACCAUUAGGCACUGGCGAUGGCUCCAAUUCACCAUCUCCGCUCCCUACUUCAUCUGCUUCCUGUACUCCUGGUGGUUCCCGGAGUCGGCACGGUGGCUGAUAAUGAACGACAAAGCCGAUGUGGCCGUGAACCAGCUGAAGCGAGUGGCCAGGCUGAAUGGCAGGGAGGCCGAGGGCAGCAAACUCACAGCCGCGACACUGAGAGCCGGUCUGGGGAAGGAGGUCCUGGUCACCGGGGGGUCCCACAGUCUGAUCGACCUGUUCCGUACCCCUCUCAUGAGAAGGAAUAUUUUCUGUACCAUGUGUGUGUGGUUUGCCUGUAACUUUGGUUAUUAUGGGCUGGUGAUGGAGCUGCAGGGGUUUGGGGUGAACAUGUAUCUGCUUCAGGUGAUAUUCGGGGCUGUGGAUUUUCCUGCUAAAACCCUGGCAGCUCUCGGCAUCACUUACCUCGGCCGUCGCUGGACACAAGCCUCGACUCUCACUCUAGCCGGUGCCGUGAUCCUCAUUAAUGUCUGCAUCCCCACAGAGCUGCAGUUAGUAAGGACAGGGUUGGCUGUGUUUGGUAAAGGCUGCUUGUCGGCAUGUUUCUCCUGUGUCAUGUUGUACAGUGGAGAGCUUUACCCCACAGUGCUCAGACAGACGGCCUUUGGUUUGAUGGCCACGAUGGCGAGGGUGGGGGGGCUAGUUGCCCCCUUGGCCAGGCUGACCGGAGAGAGGUACCCACUGGUGCCUGGGCUGCUGUACGGAGCUGUGCCUGUCCUGGCGGGAAUCCUGGCCACCCUCCUCCCAGAGACCCGUGGACUGGCCUUACCAGACACCAUCCCUGACAUCGAGAGCAGGACGGUCACAGGGCUGGUGGGCAGCGAGGAACAGAAGAAACAAGAGAUUUUAUUGCCGGAAACUCACAUCUCACUGCUGAAACACACCGUCUGACCCCUGACUCCAGCCCCUGACCCCCAGCCCCUGACCCUAGCCUGGGUGCGAUGGGUGGGGGGGUAAGUGCCGGGGUUGGUGGCCAUGAACACGGGCGAGAGACACAGGAGCCAUUUCAUCUUGUCCAAGACAGGACAGGACAGGGUGUCC